AUGGCCGACCUCCGCUCCUCCCCCUCGGAGGACGACAACUUGCCCUCCCACAACGAACAGCGCGACAGGACGAGCAGCAUGUCACUAGGAACCACGGAACUAACAACAACACCUCCCUCCCAGAAUGGGGGGGUCACUACGUCCAACGGCGACGCGCCCGCCGCUGUCGAGACAGCUUCGGCGCCUACUUCUGAGGUCUCGCGCCAGGUCCAAGAUGUGCUGUCGUCAGACAUCGGAGUCGCAACCAUGCUGAACCAGCUCAAGGCGAGCAUCGCCUCUGCCAAGGAGUUCGCCCUCUUUCUCAAGAAGCGAUCGCACAUCGAAGAGAGCCAUGCCUCCUCCCUCAAGAAGCUGUCCCGCAUCAGCCAGGAGACGAUGCACCAGCCCGAUCACCGACAAGGCACUUUUGCCCAGGCCUACAGCGAAAUGAUGUAUAUCCACGAGCGCAUGGCCGAGAACGGCUCCCAGUUCGCCCAAUCACUACAGACGAUGCACGACGACCUCCUCGAGCUCGCCGCCGUCGCGGAGCGCAGUAGAAAAGGGUGGAAGGCGAAUGGCCUGGCGGCGGAGCAGAGAGUGGCCGACCUAGAAGCCGCGAUGCGCAAAUCCAAGGCCAAGUAUGACAGUCUGGCAGAGGAAUACGACCGCGCGCGCACCGGCGACACCAGCAGGAACAGCGGCAAGAUGUUCAGUCUCAAGUCCAAGUCGGGACCCCAACACGAGGAGGAUCUUUUGCGCAAGGCCCAGGCCGCCGACCAAGACUACCAAUCCAAGGUGCAGACGCUACAGAGCGAGAAGGCGGAGCUGAUUGCGAGGACAAGACCCGAGGCCAUUUCCGCUCUCCAGGAUUUGGUCAAGGAGACGGAUUCGGGCCUGGCGCUUCAGAUGCAGAAGUUUGCGUCCUUCAAUGAGAAGCUGCUCCUGAGCAACGGUCUUAGCAUUAGCCCAAUCAAGGGGCACGGUUCGGGGGGGUCGCGCAGUCUUCGCGAGGCUGUCAUGGCCAUCAAUAACGAAAAGGACCUCCACGAUUACCUCAUCUCUCACUACUCGAGGGUGGCAAACAACAAUGGCGAAGUAAAGUACGAAAAGAACCCGAUCCUGGCAAACGCCCGCCACCCGGCAAUGGGCCAUCAGUCCAAUGCGUCAGUCUCGAACGUGCUGCAGAAUUCAGGGCCGCCGCCUGGUCAGGGUCAACAUCAACAGCAACAACAACGAGAGAUGCCGCCUCCUGCUAGACCAGGGGGUCCUCAACAGCCCGUCGAGCCUCUUCGAGAUUUUGCGCCGCCGAACAUGCCUGUAUCGCAACUACAACGACCGUCGUCUCAACAUCAACAGCAGCCCCCUCAGUCGCAACACGGCCGCAGCUUCAGCGCCAAUAAUAUGCUCAACCAACCUAGCCAGCAACAGCAGUUCCAAGCAAACCGCAACUCGGGCGUGGUGACGUCGAGAUACAAUGGAGGCGCUAUGGCAUCGCAAGGACCACCGCAGCUCGGAGCUCUGCCAUUCCAGACUUCGCAGUCGCCUCCACCACAACAGCAGCAGCAACCAGCGUCGCCGCCGCAGCAGAGCCAAUACCAGCCGCCGCCUCAGCAGCAGCGACAGAGUAACCCAAUGCAGCAGUAUCCUCCACAGGGGCCCCCUCCCGGAGCUGGAGGAUACCCCCCGCACAACAAAGCGCCUUCCGGUCCUCCCGGGCCAGCCCCGAGUGCCGCGAGUCCCGUCUUCGGGCUAAGCCUCACUCGCUUGUAUGAGCGAGACGGCUUGCCUGUGCCGAUGGUCGUUUAUCAGUGUAUCCAAGCAGUGGACCUCUAUGGACUCGGCGUUGAGGGUAUCUACCGACAGUCUGGCUCGUUGACGCAUAUCAACAAGCUCAAGACCAUGUUCGACACGGACUCGAGCAACCCCCUCCUGGACUUUAGGAAUCCCGAAAACUUCUACCACGAUGUCAAUAGUGUCACCGGCCUGUUGAAGCAAUUCUUGCGCGAUCUCCCUAAUCCCUUGCUCACCACGGAGCACCACAGCGAACUGAUCGAGGCAGCUAAACUCGAGGACGAUAUCGUUCGCCGAGACUCCCUCCACGCCAUUAUCAACAGCCUGCCCGAUCCCAACUACGCCACCCUACGCUCGCUGACGCUGCAUCUCCACCGCAUCAUGGAGAACUCCCAUAUCAACCGCAUGAACUCGCACAACCUGUCGGUUAUCUUCGGCCCCACAGUCAUGGGCACCGACCCGUCCACCAGCAUCGCCGAUGCCGGUUGGCAGAUCAAGGUCGUCGACACGAUCCUGCAGAACACCUACGAGAUCUUUGAUGAUGAGUAG